AUGCUCAAUGACAUCAUCGCCUUUUUUGCCAUUUGCUUGAUAACCCGGCAAAUUGCUGACCCGGCGCCGCCACACGUUGGUACUCAGGUUCCGAGCGCCUACUAUGACCUGAAUCGGACCGCCGUCACGGCCUACUGGCAUAAUGUGCUGAUGAGAUCGUUGAUAAAGUCUAAACUCGAGCGAGAGAAGAAAUAUUUGAAUCGAAUUGAAGCCGCUUUGGCUGAUAUUUGUCUCAGUGAAGCCAAGACGUUGGUGGAUAGACUACGAUGUUUAGAUACUGCCAUCUCGCAAAGGAGCGCGAAAGACUUCACUUAUGAGAAUGUAUGUGACAAAAUGCCACGCGAAGCCUAUGUACGCGAAGAAAAGCCUAUUUUAAAUGAACCGGCUCCUCCCCCAAUAGCCUUCGGAACUGUAAAAUUCACGAUGAAACGCCGCUCUCGCACGAGGAAGAAGACAAAUACCUUCCGCAUCAAAAAACGCAGAAAAUCUCGACGAAGACUUGAGCUGCUCCAGAAUCGAGCGAAGCAACUUCAAAAAGAACAGAAACUUUCCAAGUUUGUGCGCUAUUUGAAGAGCUUCAAAACGGAACGAAGCUGGAGGAGAAAACGGGAGAUUACCGCCAAGCAAUUGAAGGAUAUGCCAGAAGAUUAUACAAAUUUUGGCAAGGAUAUUUAUGCUAUGAUCUUCGAAAUAGAAGAGCAUGAAAGGAAGCAUGGCCGCGGUGCCUUUGAUCUCUCAAUGACUAAAUUUCUCUUGGAAAUAUCGGGCAGCGCGAAAGCGAUUCGACAUAUUUAUGCGGAUAUGGGGCCGGAGAUUCGGCGAAUCAAGGAAGAAGUCUAUCCAGAUACUAUGGAACUCGCUGAACAUACUUUAAAUGGACUAAAAGCUAGGAGGAUGAUGGACAAUCGACAGCAAUGCGAAUUAAAACAUUACGGCUACACCCAUCUAUCCACAAAUCAAAUCCAGCUGAUUUACAACAAAAAUAACAAGUUCUCCCGGGAACUUCCGCUUAAUUUAACGGCUUGGGACGACAUGAGAUGGGAGGAUAAAGAGCAGAGACUGGAGAGAAUGCUGUGGAACAUGCUAUCCCUGGCGACUAAUCAUGAUCCGCCACCAGCGCCACAACAAGAAGCUUUCGUAACUGAGAAGCCAAUUGGCCCGGAACCGCCAAGCCCAAUUUUCCGUCGGAAACGAGAGUCUCCGGAAGAAGGACCUCCUGGGUCAACGACUCGAGUAAAUGGUAUUCUGUAUGAAGUCCUUGAGCCAUACUCAUUUGAUGUUUUAUCAGGACUCGAUGCCUACUUGGAAGCUUUGGUUUUAUCGCCCAGCGCUUUCACCGUCGAGAUUUUUCAGCCAGAAUUGUUGAUUCUUGGUCUGUUAUCACCACGAGCUUUCAAUGCUGUCAUUUUAUCACCUGGGGCCUUGAUUGCUAGAAUUCUCAGUCCUAUGGGUUUUAAAGUCGAGGUCCUCUCACCAAGAGCCCUUGGCGCAUGGGUAUUGGCUCCAGAGGGGUUUGUCGCCGAUAUUCUAACGCCAACUUUCCUUGAGCCUAGGGUUCUGUCGCCAAUUGGAGGCAUCGUUUCAGUAUUAUCACCAAAUAUCCUUGGCCCACAUAUUGGCGGUACGGAUAACCUCGGGAUUACUGUUUUGAGCCCAAAUAUUCUAUCGCCAAGAAUUGCGGGGCGCGAGCGGCUGCUUGUCGAGAUUUUAUCCCCACAUAUUCUCGGUGGAGAACAUUUGCACGCCCAUCACCGUGGCGGACAUGAACCCGAAGAGGACGAUGAUGAGCCAGCGAAGGGCGGUCACGCUUCGAUUGAGCUGAUUGAUCUGCAUGGAUUGGCUCAUGACGUCGGCCCUGACGACCCCAUUACCCUCGAAAAGAUUAUCGGUCGCGGCGAGGAAUGGGCGGAGGAAGAGGUUAUGCCAGAUGACCGGCAUCUUCUGGAGUUCCUUGGAAUCCCGCUGCCACCCUCACACGCCGAGGCCCAUCUAUCACAUUUGGCGGAAGAGGCCGAGGCAGGCCUUGGCCAUGCAGCUGUGGAAGAGCAAGCAGAGUUGGCAGCCAGGGAGGGAAAA